AGUUAAGAUGGCUGAAGAUAAUACAAUCUAAAGUAUAAACCUAUUUUGUGAAGUAAAAUUCAGGAUGCUACCCUAAAACGUUGUGUGAUGUUUAGUGAACUGCUAUCAUAGGCCGGAGAUAUCAGUAUUUUGUUAGCGAGGCAUAUGGAAGCAAUGCGGGUUGCAAACAUCUCUGCAGACAUGUCGGGUAAUGCAGUCAUGCUCAGCGCUUCAGAAAACGAAGAGGAUAACAACAUUGAACAAGAUGUUGACAACAUACUAGAGAGCGCUUCUGCUGCCAUGGUCACAGCUCCUGCACCACAGCCACUGUGUCCAAAACCUGCUGUCCAGUCGAUUACUAUGAACCAACUGAGUGAUUCAAGCUGGCAGUCAAUGAAGUCUAGUAUACGCGAACGCAACAAUGUCAUGUACAACAAUGAGCUCAUGGCUGACAUCUACUUCAUCGUCGGAUCAAAAGGUCAGACACAGAGGAUUCCUGCUCACAAGUAUGUGCUCGCUACAGGGAGCUCUGUAUUCUAUGCCAUGUUCUAUGGACCCCUGGCUGAGGACCGGCAGGAGGUAGCAAUUCCUGACGUUGAACCCGCAGCAUUUCUUGCCAUGUUGAGGUAUCUGUAUACGGAUGAGAUAGAACUUGAGGCAGACACUGUACUGGCUACUCUGUAUGCAGCAAAGAAGUACAUCCUGCCUUAUCUCGCGGGGGCCUGUGUCAAAUUCCUAGAGACGAGUUUGACUGCGAAAAAUGCCUGCCUAUUGCUGAGUCAGAGUCGGUUGUUUGAGGAACCAGAACUCAUGGAGCGGUGUUGGCAGGUGAUUGACGCGCAGGCGGAGAAGGCGAUCGAGUCGGACGGCUUCACGGAGAUCGACUACCACACGCUGGAGACGGUGCUCAGCCGCGAGACGCUCAACGCCAGCGAGCUGUCCAUCUACAACGCGGCCGUGCGCUGGGCCGCGCACGAGUGCGGGCGCCGCGAGCUUCCGCCGAGCGCCGAGAACAAGCGCGCGGCGCUGCAGCGCGCGUUCCACCUCAUCCGCGUGCCCGUCAUCGCGCUGACCGACUACGCGGACGACGUCGUCGGCUCGGGCAUGCUCACGCUGCGCGAGGCCACCGACGUCUUCCUCUACCACACAGCGACGCGCAAGCCGGCGAUCGACUUCCCGACGUGCGCGCGCGACGGCCUCAAGCCGCGCUGGUGCCGCCGCUUCCAGUCGUCGGCGUACCGCACGAACCAGUGGCGCUACCGCGGCCGCUGCGACAGCAUCCAGUUUGCGGUGGACGCGCGCGUGUUCGUCGCCGGCUUCGGGCUGUACGGCUCGAGCAACGGCUCGGCGGCGUACACCGUGCGGCUGGAGCUGAAGCGCGCCGGCGGCAUGCUCGCCGAGAACAGCACGCACUUCUUCUCGGACGGCUCGAGCAACCCGUUCGCCGUCUACCUCGACCAUCCGGUGCAGAUCGAGCCGGACCAGUUCUACACGGCGAGCGUAGUUCUCGACGGCACCGAGCUCAGCUACUUCGGGCAGGAGGGCAUGAGCGAGGUGACGUGCCACGGCGUCGCCUUCCAGUUCCAGUGCUCGUCGGAGAGCACCAACGGCACGGGCGUGCAGGGCGGACAGAUACCCGAGAUCAUAUUCUACGCCUGACGACGCUGCCGCGGCGUGUGCGCGCGGGAGCGAGGGGUCGGCGGUGGCUCGUGAAGGUGUUGGUUGUGGGGCGCGAUGGCCUCGCGUUAGCUCGAGUACGUCGGCGUUCUGUUAUUUGUGCUGAUAGCGUGGGAAUUUUAGCCCUCGAUUUAUAAAACUCUCGUUUCCUUUGGAUACGCAAAAAAUCACGUGUAAAUUAUAUGUUCCUUAUUUUAUAGUAAAGCUACUUGCAGGCAAGGAUGGUUUAUACUGGUUGUAAUGGAAAGUUGAAAAGGGCGUCUGUAUUAUGUUAUUGUCCGUGAUAUCAAAUGACUAUUGAGUAGAUUAGGUAGCGAUAUCACGAUGAUAAGAGUAAUAUAAAACCUAAUAUUUUUUAAACUAGAAUUUGGUAAUAUAAAGUUAUAGAAGUCUUGUAUCUCAAAGGUAUGCAAUGCAUACACAUGAAAAUCUGUAUAGUGAAUGAUUUACAGUAAGUUAUUGGUAAACGUUGCUGAGAAUAUGGCUUGUUUUAAGUGGCCGAAUUUCAUCAGUUUUUGAGUGUUAAAAAACUAAAAAUCAAUGUCUUUGGGAUUCACUCCACAAAAUCUCAUCUGAUAUUUAUAAAAACAUUUUAAGAAUUCCAAGUAAAUAACGUUGGCCAGUACAUGAAAAUAGAAAAGCAUUAGGUUCUAUCAAAA